CGCAGCCCCUCCUCACCGGGAUGAAGACGGAAGAGGCUCCGUCCUGCUUGCAGGAGGCGACGCCGCUCCUGGGAUUCGAUCCCGAGGCCAAGAUGCGGGAGGUUUGUGCUGGUUGUGACUCCCCCAUUUCUGACCGGUUCCUCCUGAGGGUCAACGAAUGUUCCUGGCACGAGGGGUGUGUGAAAUGCACCAUUUGCCUCCAGUCCCUUACUGGGAGCUGUUACUGGCGCAACCGGCAGCUCUACUGCAAGCACGACUACGAGAAGCUCUUCCAGACCAAGUGCAGCAGCUGCUUGAAGACCAUCACCCCUUCAGAGCUGAUCAUGAAGGUCCUGGAGAACGUUUACCACGUCCACUGCUUCUCCUGCUGCGAGUGUGAGCGGAGCCUCCAGCCAGGAGAUGAAUUUGUCCUCAAGGAGGGGCAGCUCCUCUGCCGCAGCGACUACGAGAAGGAGAAGGAGAUGUUGAGUGCCAUCAGCCCAGCACCCACCGAGUCGGUGAAAAGUGAGGAAGAGGAUGGCAGCCAAUCCCAUGGAAAAGGAAGUGAGGAAAACAAGGAUCAGAAACGCUCCAAACGCCCUCGGACCAUCCUGACCACCCAGCAGCGCCGGGCCUUCAAAGCUUCCUUUGAGGUCUCCUCCAAACCUUGCAGAAAGGUAAGAGAGACCCUGGCAGCCGAGACGGGGUUGACGGUGCGGGUGGUGCAGGUUUGGUUCCAGAACCAAAGAGCCAAGAUGAAGAAAAUCGCCCGGAGGCAGCAGCAGCAGCAGCAGCAGCAGCAGGACCAGGAGCAGCUGGGACCCCCCAGGCUGGGGACAGGGAGGGGGACAGGACGGAGCAGCAGGCAGAGCAACGAUGACAGCGAAGGUGCUUUUGUCAUCUGCUGGACCCCAGGUCAAGUCGUGCUCCUCCUGGAUGGCCUGGGCUGCAAAAGCUGCAAUGUUUUAGCAGUGGAGAAAUACGUCCUCUUGUUGGCCGAGAUCAACUCCUUGAUCAACGCCAUCGUCUACUCCUACAGGGACAACGAGAUGAGAAGCACAUUCCGGAGGAUCCUCUGCUUCCUCUGCUACAGGAAUUCCAAAUACACCCCCACGGUGGUCAAGUUGAACACCAUGGACAGGAGGACACUCUCCCAAAAUGGGCAUUUCACAGUGGAUUCCUCUAUUUAG